AUGUGCCGUGCCGCGCAGUAUGUCAAAGCAGCGGAGAUGCUGGCAGAGGAGGGGUCGGACAUAGUGCUGGCGCGCAUCAACGGCGACGAGAAGAAGCACAAGGCCCUCGCCAGGAAGUACGGCGUGGGGGGCUUCCCCACCAUCAAGAUCUUCCGCCAUCUCCAUCCAUUUCUCCCUUCUCCCGCUUCUUUAUCCCUCCCUCCGUCUCCUCCCCCCACGCCCCACCCACCCCAGGGACAUGCUGUUGACGGCCCACGGGAGGCGGCGGGGCUGGUGGCGUAUCUGAAGAAGCAGGCGGGGCCGGCCAGCACCAAGGUGCGGUCGGGGUCGGACCUCAAGCGCGCCAUGGAGGACGACAGCGUCGUUGUGGUGGGGCUGUUUGCAACGCUCUCGUCGCCUGAGUUUGAGUCGUUCCUGUCAGUGGCAAGGGAGCUGCGAACGGACUUUGUCUUCAAGCACACCACUGACGCCUUGCUGCUGCCUGCCAAGGGCCCUCAGCUCGAGGCACCCGCCGUGCGCCUGCUCAAGCAGUUUGACGAGGGCUACUCCGACACACAGGAGUUCUCACCGGCAGCGCUGAGGGCGUUCAUAGAGCGGCAGGCGGUGCCGCGGGUGGUGGAGUUCAGCCAGGACCCCAAGGACCGCCCCUACCUCGCCCGCGUCUUCCAGGCGCCCACCAACAAGUCGCUGCUGUUCCUGACGUACAGCCUGCCAGACGCGCCAGAGUUCCGCAGCCGGUACGUGGAGGCGGCACAGGAGCAGCCCGACUCCAUCCGCCUCGUCAUUGGGGAGGCUGCUGCCAACGAGCAUGCUCUCAAGUACUUUGGGCUGGCAGUGAGUGACACGCCAGCCAUGGUGAUUCACGACCCGCGCUACGAUGCCAAGUUCAUCCGCACGCACAUUGCUCCUUCUGACAUCGUCCCCUUCCUCGCCGACUUCCAGGCGGGGAGGGCGGAGAGGGUGCUGAAGAGUGAGGCGGUGCCGCAGGGGGACUCAGGGGUGGUGAAGAAGGUCGUGGCCUACAGCUUCAAGGACGCAGUGCUCAACUCCCGCAAGAAUGUGCUGGUGGAGUUCCACGCCCCCUGGUGCACGGCGUGUGCUGACCUGGACCCCGUGCUCAAAGACGUGGCGGAGUCCCUCUCCGGUCAGAGGGACGUUGUUGUCGCCAAGAUGGAUUUCUCUGCCAACGACAUUCCAUCGGAUAAAUUUGACGUGAAGGCGCUGCCCACCAUCUACCUCUACACAUCGGCUGGUGUGGCCGUGCCCUAUGCUGGCGACAACUCCAAAGCCAGUCUUCUCGCCUUUGUCAGGAAACACAAGGGAUCCAAGAAGGCCGCUGCUGCUCCCCCGACCGCAGAGGAAUUGGCUGAGGCGGAGGAGAUUGCUAAUGCGGAGGAAGAGGACGAUGAGGAUGAGAGGAAGGAUGAGCUCAGAGACGGUGGCGCCGCCAGCAGCGAGGAGGGGAUUGUGAUGGAGCUGCCGUGCUUGCCUUUCAACCCCGCCGAGGUGUUCCUGCCCGGGUCAUCCAAGACACUGCAUCUGUACGAAGCGCGCUACCUCGCGCUGCUCGAGGAGGUGCUGACACGCAGCAGUGGGCUGCUGGGGCACGUGGUGUUGGAGCCCAUGCGGUCAGAGGACGGCCAGGGCAUGACCUUCGUCGCCUCGUACGGCUGCCUCUCCUACGUUGAAAGCGUGCGCAAGCUGCAGGUGGGAGCGCUGGUGGCGGUGAGGGGAGUGGGGCGCAUCCGCCUGCAGCAGCUCACGCAGGUGGAGCCCUUCCUGCGCGGCCAGGUCGCUGUCGUCUCUGAUGACCGCCCUCAGGAAGGGGCAGGGGCGGGUGGCGCGGGUGAGGAGGUGAAGGGGGCUGUGGAGGAGUUGAGAGCGGUGCUCAGGGACGUGCAGGAGCUGCAGAUCAAGAUCAAGACCACCUCAGACGUGCCCCUACAGACGCCUCUGGAGAGGGCUCUGCGCUGGGUGGACACCGUCACUGCCGCCUCUGCUGCUGCUGCGCCACCAGCAGCACCGACAGCACCUGGCGCCCCUGCCACCGCCGCCACCGCUGCAACCCAACAGCCCGCCGCCACCCCGCCCCAGACAGUUGGUGAUGCACUACGCACAGGAGCAGACACAAGCGCAGGUGCAGAUGCAGGCGAUGCAACGAGCAGCAGCAGCGGCAGUGGCAGCACAGAGGCAUCGCCAUCCGCAUGGUCCAUUCUGCCCGAUGACAAUGGCGUGGAGCCCGACCAGUUGCCGCCCGAACAGCUCGAGUCUGCUGCCCGGUUUCUGGGCUUCCAGGGGCUGCCGACACCGGCCAUCCAGAGCACAGUGGCCGUUGAUCCCGCCUCUGUGCCCCUCGACCCUGACUUUGGUAACCCUGCUCGCAGCAGCACCACCAGUGGCUCCAGCAGCAACAGCAGCAGCACCAACAGCAGCAGCAGCAGUGAGAGUGAGGGUGGGGCCGAGAAUGAGAAGGCAGGUAGUGUUGGGGAGGGCAGGGAGGGCAGGGGGACGUUGGAAGGUGCUGAUUCGGUGAAAGCUCCAGAGGUGCCUCCCUACCGGGAGUACCUGCCAUCAUAUGAGGAGCUCGUCACCUUUGCUGCCCUGCAACCAGUCGCAGGAGCGUCAGCGGCGGAGCUGCAUGGGCUGCUGCAGAAGCGCCUGGCAGCCAUGGAGGAGACCGACACCAUGAAGCGGGCGGCACUGGCUCGGCAGUAUGCGGAGCAGAGCCGGGCGGCACUGGCUGCGAAGGUGGCACUGCAGAGCCUACAGCUGUGA